AUGCAGAUUCUUGAACGGGAAGUUGCUAAUAAUUCUAAAGUCACUUUGGUAAAACUAAAUGCGGAUGAAAACCAUUCCCUUGCCAGCGAAUAUGAGGUGAGUGCAUUACCCACCGUAUUGGCUUUCCAUAAUGGUAAAGUCGUGGAUAGUUUUAUGGGUGUACAAAAUUCAUCAUUUAUUCAGAAUUUUAUUUCUAAAUUAGUAAAUUCAAAGAAAGAUUAA